CGGGUGUUUCCGGACAGGAGCGGCAGGAGAAGCGGUAGGAGCAGUAGAGGCGGCAGCGGCGGCGUCUUGUCCGGUGGAAGCGGAGAUUCUCCUCCAGCAGCAGCAGCAUCCAUUUACACAUCAGCACCUCCUCAUCUCUCCGCCCGGGACUCUCCGCUGGGAUGCCGCCGUCGACCAGGCAUCUGUCGCGGACGGCGGACGCUGGAGGAAGCGACCCCCGCCGGUUUUCUCGAGCGUGACCGUUCAGGACGCGGCGGCGGAGGCGGCGAUGGAUGAAGGCACGAGGAGACAAAUAAAAUUUUGAUGGUCGCCGGCUAACGCUAGCAGGCUAACGUUAGCUAGCCGCUCCGCUCCUCCUCAGUGGACUUGUUGUUUUCUCGCCUCCCUUGUCGGUUCACCGGCCCCCGGGAUUCUCUCCUUCCCGAACAAACGGCGUUUUUUAUUAUUAUUAUUUUUCAUCGGGGUCACGACAUGCCGGAGCCGCCGAGGACAUUUCCGUGAAGGAUAACGGCUCCGUUAGCUUCCCGCUAGCUAGCAUCUUUAUUAUUUUUUCGAGUUUUUUUUUUUUUUGUCGCUCAUCCGUGAAGAUGCUGGCGGAGGAGGAGAGCGUCUGACGGGGAAACCUCAUGGAAACUCGCCCCGUGAAGGUCAUGAUACCGAGAGAAUGAUCAUGCUGGAAAAACAGAGCUCGACGCAGGAGAUCGGCGAGGAGGCCGAGGAGGACGCCAUCUUCACCAUCACGCUGAGGAAGGUGCAGCUCCACCAGUCGGCCAGUAAGGGGCAGCGAUGGCUGGGCGUGGACACGGACUCGGCCCUGAGCCUCUACGAGACCUGCAAGGUGCGGACCAUCAAGGCGGGAACCCUGGAGAGGCUGGUGGAGUACAUGGUGUCUGCCUUCAGGGGCAAAGACUCCACCUACGUCACCAUCUUCCUCUGCACCUACCGCUCCUUCGCCUCCACCAAGCAGGUGCUGGAUCUCCUGCUCAACAGGUAUGCCAAGCUCCAAAACGUGCCUGCAGCCACAGCUCACAGAGUCUCCCAGGACGACUGCACCGAGCUGAGAAACACUGUUUCGUCCAUCCUGGGCGCGUGGCUGGACCAGUACUCUGAGGACUUCUGGACUCCUCCUAACUACGACUGUCUGCACCAGCUGCUGUCCUACCUUCGCCUGCACUUCCCCGGCUCGGACCUGGAGCGCCGAGCCCGGAACCUGCUGGCCCACUUCCACCGCCGACAGCAGUGUGAGCCUGAUCCUGAUGGGGAACACAUUGGCUGUCCUUUCGCUACGCAGGAAGAGAGCGGCUUCGAGGACGAGCUUCCUGCCUUCAGCUUCCUGUCGUUCGACCCCAUCAUGGUGGCCGAGCAGUUCACGUUGAUGGACGCGGAUCUGUUCAAGAAGGUGGUUCCCUACCACUGCCUCGGAGGCAUCUGGUCUCAGCGGGAUAAGAAGGGGAAGGAACAUCUGGCUCCCACCAUCAGAGCCACCGUGGCCCAGUUCAACUCUGUCACCAACUGUGUCAUCACCACCUGCCUGAGCAACCCCACGCUGAAGCCCAACCAGAGGGCUCGGCUGCUGGAGAGGUGGAUCGACGUGGCCCGGGAGUGUCGGAUCCUGAAGAACUUCUCGUCGCUGCGAGCCAUCCUCUCCGCCCUGCAGUGCAACGCCAUCCACCGCCUGAAGAGGACCUGGGAGGAGGUGUCGCGGGAGAGCUUCAGGAUGUUCCGCGAGCUUUCGGAGAUCUUCUCCGAUGACAACAACUACUCCCUGAGCCGAGAGCUGCUGGUGAAGGAGGGAACCUCUAAGUUUGCGACUUUAGAAAUCAACCCGAAGCGAGCUCAGAGGAGACACCAGCAGCAGAGAGACCUGGGCGUGAUGCAGGGCACGAUUCCCUACCUGGGAACCUUCCUGACAGACCUGGUGAUGAUGGACACUGCCAUGAAGGACUACACUGAGGGCGGUCUGAUCAACUUCGAGAAGAGAAGAAAGGAGUUCGAGGUGAUCGCUCAGAUCAAACUGCUCCAGUUGGCCUCCAACAACUACAGCUUCACUCAGGACAGCCACUUCAGAGAAUGGUUCGCAGGCGUGGAGAAGCUCAGCGAGGCAGAGAGCUACAAUCUGUCCUGUGAGAUCGAGCCUCUGUCAGAGUCGGCCAGCAACACGCUCAGAGCCAAGAAGAACGGAGGAAUCAUGAAGCGCUGGAGCGACCGGCAGCUGACGGAGGCCGGGUCCAGCGGUGGCGCCGGAUCUCAUUCCAAGUCCUUCGACCACUCGCACUACAGACCGUACCAAGGCGGCGGCGGGGGGGACAGCGGCGACGCCCUCAGCGUCACCUCCGUCAGCUCCAGUGGUUCGGACCUGGAGGACGUCAACGCCAGCUUCCUGUCCGAUUCCCCAGAGGGACACGAGAGAAAGACGUCGACUCCUUCGGUGAAACUCACCGUCUCUGCGUUGGGGAGAGAAGCUCCAGCAGCAGAUACGACGUCAACGAUUCCAAACAAUCUCCCCUACACAGUUAUGAAAAGAAAUCUCUACUGCCAGCAUUUUAUGUUCUGGGAGUGCACGUCCCUGUCCUCCCUGGACACCUCUGGGAUGGGAUCCAGCUCCGGCUCCGCCUCCGGCUCCAGCACCGCCUCCUCGUCCUCCGUCUCCUCCUCCACGCCGCUGUCGGCCUCGCGGUCGCACAAGCGCUCGGUGUCGGCGGUGUCCAACUACUCGACGCUGUCGCUGCCGCUGUACAACCAGCAGGUGGACGACUGCUGCAUCAUCCGGGUCAGUCUGGACGUGGAGAACGGGAACAUGUACAAGAGCAUCCUGGUGACGAGUCAGGAUAAAACUCCAGCCGUCAUCAGGAAGGCGAUGAUCAAACACAACCUGGAGCGAGAGAAGACCGAAGACUACGAACUGAUGCAGAAAAUCUCAGAGGACAAAGAGCUCCGGAUCCCGGACAACGCCAACGUCUUCUACGCCAUGAACUCCACUGCCAACUACGACUUUGUGCUGAAGAAGCGCGGCUCGGCCCGGCCGCCGCGGCCCAAGAACGUGGCCAGUUCCACGCUGCCUCGAAUGAAGCAGAAGGGCCUGAAGAUCGCCAAAGGGAUUUUCUAAGGACCAGAACUCCUGCCUCCUCCUCCUCUUCUUUCUCCCAGUCCUGGACACGGGUCGAGGAGGAGCUCUGUUAGCACUUAGCCGUCGCGCCCCGGAGGUUUUAUGGUGGGGGGGGGGGGGGGGGGAGCGGCUGUGAAGCUCCAAAACGACAGAUUUGUUCCCGUCACGUUCCGUUUACGAGGAUUUUCUUUUUUUGCACCUUCCGAUGGUUCUUGACUGCAUCCCUGCAUCGGACUCGACGCCGCCGGGUGUUGGAAUGUGUUUCUACGUUUUCAGGGAGCUUCUCGUCGCCGCCUUUAGCGCCCCCUAUGAUGUCUGGGACUCCUGGACAUGGAGGGAUUUCAACUGAAACAAACAGGCGUGGCUGAGCCGUGAAUCACAGCCACUGUUUUCUUUUUUAUUGUGAACCACUACAUGGUGAAGGACGCGGCAGAGCGACGGCACUACGAACCAACAAACCAGGAGUGUAAAUAUCACGAACACGUCUGCAGUACAUUCUUUUGGGAACGGACCGUGAGAUUUUGUUAAUAGACUCGUCACGCUUUUGUUUUUUCUUUCAUUUUUGCUUUGUACGUUUUUUAAUUUUCGCUCUGAUACGGUGCUGCUAAUCAUCUUUCUGAAGAGUCCCACCAGUUUAACCCGCCGGCCGACACGUUGGAGGACGACGGAAACCUUUCUGCUCAGCGGCAGCUUUGGAAGGUAAAAUCUACCUUUAAAGAAUCUGAAAUAAAUAAUAUGAAAAAUUAGAUUAAAAUAAAGUGUAAAAAAAAAAGCAGGAUAAAAGUUUCUCAGAUUUAACAGCAGAAAAUAAAAAUGUAGACACGGUUUACUGAGUGAAAAGUAUUAUAUUCUAUAUUAUGACUAUUAGUUCAUUAUUUUGUGCCAAUUAUUUUUACUUUACACUUAAUUUUCUGAUUCAUGAACUGAAAAAUGCCUUUUAAAGUCUUAAUGUUGCUUCUUUUGUCUCACCAGAACUGCCAAAUUAUUUUUAAUCUUAGGUUAAAAAAAGUAAAAUAAAUCUUCUUCACUAUUAAUUAGAUGUGAAAAUGUUUUUAGAUCAGUUUUCUACUAAAUUGCUUGAUAAAUCGAGUUUCUUUUACCCACAACAUUUAAUAUAAUUGCAAAAAAAUCUAAAUAUUCUGUGUUAAGUGAAAAAUUUUAUUUAAAAAAAGUCUUCAAAAUAUUUUUGAAAAUUUGAAUUAUAUUUAAUAUUUUUUCCAAAAUAUUCUAUGCAGUUUAAACUGAGCUUUUUGGGUGACUUUUACCCAAAAUGUCUGAAAUAAUUUUAUAAAAAAGUCAAAUAAUUCAUUUCUUUGGAAAAAAAGCAUCCAAAAUAUUGAAGAUAUUUUAGUAUUUAAAUUGUAUUAAAUAUUUUAUCCCAAACAACCCUAAUAACUGCACUGAAUUUUUGUCAUUUUUAUUAUUAAUUUAUGGUGGAAAUUUGUUUCCGUACAUCAAAAUUAUUUUUAUCCAAAUAAUUUAAAAUAAUAGCAAAAGAAGGUCAAAAUAUUCAGUGUUAAUUAAAACACUUUAAAUUGGAAGAAGCCUCGAAAAUAUUAGAAAUAUUUUAAUUAUGUUAAAUAUUAUAUCUCAAAUAAAAUCAUAUAUAUUUAAUAUAAUAAAUUUGACCUUUAUUACUGCACUUAAAUUUUUUAAUUAUUAUUGUGAUUAUUAAUUUAUGGUGAAUUUUUUUUGCCCGAAAUGUUUAAAAUAAGUAAAAUAAUAAAUAAGUAAAAUAAUUGCAACAAAGUCUAAAUAUUCAGUGUUAAUCAAACUAUUUGAAAUUGGCUCCAAAAUAUUUUAAAUAUUUAAAUUAUAUUAAAUAUUAUGUCCACUAUAGUUAAAUUUGACCUUAAUAGCUUCACUGCACACAUAUUUCUUUAAAUAUUCUCUUUAUCUGGUGGAAAUCUGCUUCUAUGCACCUUUCAAAGUUUUCUGAAAAUGGUUUUUACCCAAAUUAUUUAAAAUAAUUGCAAAGAAGUCAAAAUAUUCAACAUUUUUCUUUGGAAAAAGCCUCAUUAAAGCAGAUUGACUCCUAUCAGCAGUGAAGGCUGGCCUACUGCUCUCAUCCAGCAGUUUGUUUUGUUUCUAUCGUUUGUGUUCCAUCUCUGGGAUACUUCAGACGUUCUUUAAACAAUAAAUUAGUGGAUGUCAGAUUUGUGCUGCCGCUGCUCUCCUGGUUUCCUGUUUCCUCCAACAUGGCGGCUCGUCCUUCAUCUCCAUCAGUAGCUUCUGUCCACAUGUUUUCUUCUUCUCUGGUUUGUGUGUCGGCAGCAGAGUCGCUCCUCCAGCAGGCCGUCAUUUCCAGUUUUAAAAGCUCCGGAUGAACGACGGUGAAGCUGCCAAACCGCACGCUAAAGAAACAAACUCCUCUUCUGCUGUUUGUUUACAGGAAAAAUCCAACCUGGACGCCUUUUAAACGGCCGUUUACCGUCACAUGUCUUUGUUUUCUUCCUAAUAACUAACCAGAGAUGUUUUCUGGGCUGAAACUGACCGGCAGCGAAGCCUCAGAGGCGCACAUUUUUCCAAUUUUUUGCAAUUUCUGCAACAGUUUUGCUCAAAAAGCAGCUUUUGGUUUGUUUAUUUUACCCACUGACAACUAUUUUAAUCAUAAAUUCAUUGGUUAGAGUAUUUUUUAGGAAAAUAAAGUCAAAAUUCUCUGAUUUCAGCUUCUUAAAUUUGAAUUUUUAUGCCUUUUUAUCCUUCUGUAAGACAUUAAACUGAAUAUGUUGGGACUGUGGACAAAACAAGACGUCAGAUUGGGACUUUUUUUGCAUUUUUUGACAUUAUGCAGUAGGACUACAACUCAUUUCCCGUUCAGUUAAUCUUUUGGUCAUUUUCUGGAGUCAUUAAUGAGUUAUUUGGUUGUUCCAGUGUGAGGCACUCAGACGUCUUGUUUCGUCCACAACCCAAAGAUUCCAGUUUACUGUCAGAAAUUAGGAAAGAAACGAGAAAAUAUUCACUUUUAAGGAGCCGGAAUCACUUAUUUACUUUAAAAUAAUUACCCAAACAGAUUGAUUGCUUAUCAAAAUAAUUGCUGAACUAUUUAAUCCUUGACAACUAAUUAAUUGUAUAGAAGAAAAAUGAGAUAAAUGUGGCUGAUUUGAUUUAAAUAUAACCCAAAAAACAUCUUUAACAACAGCAGCUGCAGCGUCGUAAGUUUCCUUAAGUCCAGUAAAAGGCAGGACGUAGCUGCUAACGUUAGCAUGCUAGUUAGCAGGACAUGCUAACGUGGGCGCCUUGAAUGAGAAUAAAUGAGCAAAACAUUUAAUCUGGACCCUAAACUGUUGCAUCAGGCUGCCUUCACAGCGCUGUGAUUGGAUCAUUGAGGUCUGAGCUGACGCUGGGUUUGCUGCUCGGCAUUCUGGGAAACGUAGUGAAUCACUAAUUAAGGGAAAACGGCUUCACGUUGGAAACACGGAAUAUCUGAGGUUGGAUUUUUCCUCGUGUUCAUAUCGCUGCAUGGGAACGCUGAGUUCCUGCUGCCACCGCGACCACGUGUUGCCUUUUUUUGUUGCUUUUUUGUUUUUUAUUUCAUCUGCAUGAAGUUACCAUGACGAUCAAAUGAAUGAAUGAAUGAAUGAAUGAAGCCCCCAACUUUAAAAAAAAAAAAAAGGAACUAAACCAACCUGUGAGAGCAAUACGGUGAAGAGCAGCAGCAGGAAGCGCGUCGUCAUGUCGUCACACCGUCCGGCUGUUGAACACUGUGAGCUUUCAGUCGUCCAACACUGUGAACUUCAUCUCCUCCGUCUCCAUGGUGACCGUCCGUGUCGGCGAGCAGCGAAGGCUCGACCCUUCAUGUGCCAAAAAUACCGGAAAAGGUGGAGUCCUCCGCCUUCCACAGUGGGGAAAAAAUACCAAGUUUGUAUGUUUACUGUUGUUUUUCUGGGUGAAAACACUUCAUGGUGGAAAAAAAAGGUGGAAAUGUCAGUGAGAAGCUGCUGCAGGAACUUUUAAUAACCGAACACAACAUCAGAGGUGAGUUUAAGACCACUUUUUAUCAUUUCAGAGCUGAGUAAACGUAGUCGACAGUGAAUGUUGCUCAAUGAAUCUCCUCCCUUUAAUGCUCAACAUUUUACACUAUUUUUCUGUUUCAAAAUCUUUGUUUUUCUGGUGGAAAUUUCCUUUAAUGGACCUCAUCAAGCCCUCUAAAGGGGAAUUUUACCCAAAAUGUCUUUCAAAAAUGCAAAAACAUCAAAAUAUUCAGCGUUAGUUCAAUAUUUUCUCUGUGAAAAAAAUAACUAUAUGUAAUAUUUGAUCCUAAAUAUUAUUUAUAGUUAAAUUUGACUUCAAUAAUUGCACUGAUUUAGCUUCAAGUGAUUUAUUUUCUGCUGUAAAUUUGUUUUAAUCGAGCUCUCUAAAGGUGAAUUUUAAACAAAAUGUAAAUAAAUGCAAAAAAUUCAAUUGGGUGAAAAAAAGUGAAAAUAUUCUGCAUUAAUUGAACCAUUUUAAACUAAAAUUAAACCUGACACAAGCACCCAUCAGGGCCUGUUUUCCUCUGUAAAAACAAUAUUCACCGAGUUGUUUUCAGAUUUCCUACUCAUGCAACAGGACCUUAAAUGCAUCACAGAGUCUGUAAAGUUUAGUUUCUUUAUCUCCAACUUGACUUGAUUAACUUGAACCCUCUGAACUCCGGUCAUUUCUGGGCGAUUUUUGCUCUUUUUUUUCUUCACUAUUGGUUUGUUUUUCACUGCGAUAUAAAAUUCUGCCCCUCAAUGGAAACAGAAUAACCAUGAAGAAGAAUAUCAUAUUUAAAUAGUGUUCUAAGUUUCCUUAAAUCCAACAAAACACAGGAUGUAGCUGCUAACGUUAGCCUGCACUGAAGUAGCAUGCUAGUUAGCAGGACAUGCUAGCAUGAGUUAAUAUGACACAUUUAAAUACAACCCAAAAAACAGCAGGCUUUGGGGGGUUCAGAGGGUUUGGACCUGAUUAAAAACCAUCUAAACGGGUUAAAGUAUCAAAAUGAUGACUUGAAAUGUUGCAGCGGAUUCUUCAAAACUGAGCAAAUUAUCCGUUUUUACUUGAAAAGGGUGCAUUUUUGGAAAAGAUAAAGACCUUUUGAAGACAUAAGUCUAAAUAGUAAAGAGGAUUUGUGGGAGCAAAUGAUUGAGAGAUUUAUUGAGCUUUCACGUUACCGAAUGUACCCUGAACGCACCGUCAGCUCCUCCUCUGCUGUUUGGAACUAAAGUGCUUCUAAAAUUAAAAACCGAUUCUAGUUUCUGCAGCAGCUUCGCCUCUAAAGCGUUGAACUGAACUGAGUGGAUCUUGAGGUGAAUCUGUGACCCUGUGAGCGUUGAUGUCGUCGUAGCCCGUGUUGACAAAAAAACCCAAACCUUUUUGUGAUUUGACCUGAUUCUGUGCGAGUUUGAACAAAAAAAAAGAAAAAAGGCUGCGUUUACAAGAAGAAGAAGAAAAAAAUACAGUGGAAACCAGCUGGCGUGGUGUUCUGAUUCUGUUUUCUGUGCUUCGGUGCCAUUUUCCCCGUUUUAAAGGAUUCAGAACUUUUUCUAACUGCAGUCUUUGUUUUUUUUUUUUAUUAUUUCUUCCCACCCAACAUGAAAUCUGUGUAGAAAAGCGACCCGUCCUCCAUCAUGUCUUUGUUUAUUUAUUGAUUUGUAUAUAGAGAUUUUGUUUUGCAUUGUACAUUCUCUCCUCUCUUGGUUAUAGAUUAAUAUAUUCAUGUAUAUACGAAUAAACAUUAAAUUUAUAAAAGUGGGAA